AGAUUGAAGUUGGAAAAACCUUGUUCUUUGGGACCUGCAAAAUGUCUGGAAAGCCAGUUUGUAUUGCAGAUUUUGAACAACAUGCUAAAGAAGUUCUUCCAAAAUCAGUGUAUGAUUAUUACCGAUCAGGAGCAGAUGAUCAGCAGACCUUAGCUGAUAAUGUAGCAGCAUUUUCAAGGUUGAGGCUGUACCCCCGGAUGCUCAGGGACGUGUCUGUAAUGGACCUUUCAACCUGUGUCCUAGGGCAGAAUGUCAGUAUGCCCAUAUGUGUUGGAGCAACUGCUAUGCAGUGCAUGGCUCACCUUGAUGGAGAAACAGCAACUGCCAGAGCCUGCAGAUCAAUGGGGACAGGGAUGAUGCUGAGCUCCUGGGCCACCUCCUCCAUUGAAGAAGUUGCAGAAGCAGCUCCUGAUGGCCUUCGCUGGCUGCAGCUUUAUAUCUACAAGGACCGGGAGGUCACUAAAGCACUUGUGCAGCGAGCAGAGAAAGCAGGCUACAAAGGAAUCUUUGUGACCGUGGACACGCCGCUCCUUGGCAAACGCUUUGAUGAUGUACGCAACAGGUUCCAGCUCCCCCCUUACCUCAGAAUGAAAAAUUUUGAAACCAACGAUUUGGCCUUUUCCUCUGAAAAAGGCUAUGGAGAAAACAGUGGUCUGGCUGUGUAUGUGGCACAGGCCAUUGACCCAUCCAUCCAGUGGAAGGAUGUUAAAUGGCUGAGAGGACUGACUUCACUACCCAUUGUCGCUAAAGGCAUCCUGCGAGCUGAUGAUGCUAAAGAAGCUGUGAAGCAUGGAGUAAAUGGGAUCCUUGUGUCAAACCAUGGUGCGCGCCAACUGGAUGGCGUGCCUGCAACUAUUGAUGUGUUGCCUGAAAUUGUGGAGGCUGUGGCAGGGAAGGUGGAGGUGUUCCUUGAUGGUGGUGUAAGAAAAGGCACAGAUGUUCUUAAGGCGUUAGCUCUUGGUGCUAAGGCUGUGUUCAUUGGAAGACCUAUCAUCUGGGGCUUGGUUUAUCAGGGUGAAGAAGGAGCAAAGGAGGUUCUUCAGAUGCUGAAGGAAGAACUCCAUUUAGCAAUGGCCCUUUCUGGGUGUCGAAGUGUGAAAGAGAUUGACAGAACGCUGGUACGGGUAGCUUCAGCUGCCGUUGCCAAGAUUUAGCACUGAAGAUGAUUUUUUUUAUCCACUGGCUGGAAUGCAGUUCCAUUCAUUUAUAUGGGACUAUUUCUGUGAGAAGUACUUUGGUCAGAUGUUAACAAGAGCAGAGGUGUUGCUAUGAAUUUUGGUGCCCUGGGCAAAAUUAUGGAGGGUGGGGUAGUGGUGGAGAGCAUUCCUGUGUUGCAUCUGGAAUAGCUCUGCACUGCCUGGCCUUAAAAGCUGGACUGGAGCAGCCUUGUGCCACCCAGCCAUAAGGAAGGUCUAACCUGUCCUGGGGACUCAAAGACUGCCCCCCACACUGCUCCUGCUUUGUCCCUGCACCUGGUUCCAAUGGCCAGGUAGCACAGGACUGCUCGUGCUUGGCUUCUACGACUGGGCAAAAAAAGUCUGCUUCUGCUGCGUCCCAGUACCCGCCUCCUUCAGUCAAGCAGCACAGGGUUUCUCCAGCUCAUCUCCUAUGGCCACAGGGAAGGGGGCAUAGGGCUGUUCCAGAUGCAGCAAAGGCUCUGAGGGAGAGGGGCUUCAUUCUGACACUUCCUCCAAGCUGGUGCUUGGGGCUGGUGCUCUUUUUACCUGCCUCCCUAGUUACAUUGCAUGCUGUCUCCAAACCCAAAAGCAGUUCUUUCUCAGAGCUGAACACCCUUGAAAAAGUUGACACCUCUUUCCACCUGGUAGGCUUCAGGUUUGCAAGCAUGCCUCUACUAGUACACAAACUGUAGUUGUUUUCUCAUUACCCAGAAAACCCUUUGAAAUAUGUGUACAAAUGCUAAGAACAGUUUUAAGAUAUGAACUUGCAUGCCUGGAAGUAACUUAGCUGUUAAACUGAAACUGUAAACAGAAAUGUUUUGAUAGCAAACAAUUCCUGAAAUGUAAAAGUUUAAAAUGCAAAGGACACCUCUUGUUCACUGUUUAUGGAAACUACACUUUAGAUCACCCAGAUUAAAUAUUGCUUUCCUAUCAACAUGG